UGUAAUGGGACACUAAACUCCUGGGCCCCCAGCUUCUGUACUACAUCUCUCCUGGGCCCCCAGCUUCUGUACUACAUCUCUCUCCUGGGCCCCCAGCUUCUGUACUACAUCUCUCUCCUGGGCCCCCAGCUUCUGUACUACAUCUCUCUCCUGGGCCCCCAGCUUCUGUACUACAUCUCUCUCCUGGGCCCCCAGCUUCUGUACUACAUCUCUCUCCUGGGCCCCCAGCUUCUGUACUACAUCUCUCUCCUGGGCCCCCAGCUUCUGUACUACAUCUCUCCUGGGCCCCCAGCUUCUGUACUACAUCUCUCCUGGGCCCCCAGCUUCUGUACUACAUCUCUCUCCUGGGCCCCCAGCUUCUGUACUACAUCUCUCCUGGGCCCCCAGCUUCUGUACUACAUCUCUCCUGGGCCCCCAGCUUCUGUACUACAUCUCUCCCCUGGGCCCCCAGCUUCUGUACUACAUCUCUCUCCUGGGCCCCCAGCUUCUGUACUACAUCUCUCUCCUGGGCCCCCAGCUUCUGUACUACAUCUCUCCCCUGGGCCCCCAGCUUCUGUACUACAUCUCUCCCCUGGGCCCCCAGCUUCUGUACUACAUCUCUCUCCUGGGCCCCCAGCUUCUGUACUACAUCUCUCUCCUGGGCCCCCAGCUUCUGUACUACAUCUCUCUCCUGGGCCCCCAGCUUCUGUACUACAUCUCUCUCCUGGGCCCCCAGCUUCUGUACUACAUCUCUCUCCUGGGCCCCCAGCUUCUGUACUACAUCUCUCUCCUGGGCCCCCAGCUUCUGUACUACAUCUCUCUCCUGGGCCCCCAGCUUCUGUACUACAUCUCUCUCCUGGGCCCCCAGCUUCUGUACUACAUCUCUCUCCUGGGCCCCCAGCUGCCGUACUACAUCUCUCUCCUGGGCCCCCAGCUGCCGUACUACAUCUCUCAACACCCUCUGGGAGUCAAACCCCCUUGGGAUGGAAAUGGGAGUUGUAGUUCAAACCAUCUGGGCGGCCCCAGGUUUUGUAUCCUCCUCCUUGGCACCCUGAGCUAUUGGUCUCCUUAUCCCUUUAUUCCUAAGGUGCCAGUCAUUAUAUAAUACCAGACAUAUGAAGGUAGGAGCUACCCCCAAGAGCUUACAAUUACAUCCUAGAGAGAAUAUGAAUUCUGCGAUACUUCAUGUUAGGAAAUAUCUUCUUUUUCUCUCUCGCUCCAACUCCUAUAAACAAGACUUUGACUUUUCUUUAGAAUCUCUGCCGCCCCCACAGCCUCAAGCCCUGUCAGCAUUCCUCUCUGUUUAAGGGAAUCCGACUCAUCAUCAUCUGCCCCUAUGCGUCAUUUCACUGAUUAGCCUGACAAACAAACACUCAGACACACACAUUCCUACAGCAGGGACGUCCAAUCAGCCGCCUCCCUGCUGCUGAACCACAACAACAACAACAUAAGAGGCUGUAAGGUGCCAUAGACAGCUGCUAUGGGGUAUAAUAGCAGAGACUUAACCAGAGAAGACUGAAUCCUUGGAUCUUCCAAUGCCCAGGACGUGUGUGCCCAGGAGAUGGGUGUGGGAUGCUCAUUGCCAGACCCCAGGUACUGAGCUAUCUCCUUGCCACAGAGUGGUCUACUUCCAUACUGACCCGGUCCUGGAGAGCUGCGGCACCGCUGGCAUGCGUGGGAGUACAGGGUUCCUACAUGGAGAGCACUACUGGGAGAUUGAGUUCCUGGAACCACCCUCGGGACUCUCAGUCAUGGUUGGCGUUGGGACUGGCAGAGCCGCACUGCAUGCUGGGGACUUUCAGUUCGUCAAUUUACUGGGAAUGGAUACGGAAAGCUGGGGACUGUCAUAUAAAGGCACCGCUUGGCACGGGGGAACCAGCCGUCGAUACACGGAGCCAUUCUAUGAGAAAGGGACUGUGAUUGGAGUGCACUUGAACAUUGAUGAAGGAACGCUGGCCUUCUAUAGGAACCGGCAGAGCCUGGGCGUGGCAUUCACAGGGCUGCAGAAGGUACAAUCCCCAUUAUAUCCUAUGGUCUCCUCCACCUCUCCAGGCACAGAGCUGGCCGUGGGAUUGCAAUGCUCCACUCUCCCCUCCCUGCAGGAGCGAUGCCUCAGCACCCUGGCCCACAGCCUGGCACAAAAGGACAUGGUGGACUGCCUCCCACUCCCUGCCGCUGUUAGGUGGCUACUGAAAAGCUGGAAAGAUCACAAAACCCAGAGCGUCCAGGGCCCUGAGAUGUAACCCGCAAAACUGAGUGGAACUAUGACCGACAUGGUUUAGUUAUGGCUGUAACAGGAAGUGCUGCAGUAAAAACAGGAAGUGCCCCAUGGAUCAGAGGAAUAUCUGAUUCCGGGCAGCACGUAUCUAUCUACCAUAAUACUGGUUUAUCUUCCUUUAGCUGCUGAUUAUACAUUCACUCAGGUUAUGUACUGUAGGCAAAUACCUGGAUUACCAGGCUGUGAGAUGAGAAGCGGACAAUCCUAUCGAUAAUUCAAAUGAAUUAUUUAAGACAUGUUAGGAGAGAAGUAUUUAUAUAUGAUAUAAAGCACACAGGACUUUCCAUACAAAGGUUAACGCUAUAUCCAGGGCAGUGUCCUAUAUUACAAUUAUACACACCUCUGCUACUUCUGUAAGAGGGAGAGUGACAUUUUACCUCAGGCGGAUACUGGGAACUGGGCUGUGUGCAUUCCCUGGGCUUAGGGAGGUCGGUAACCCUUUGGAUAUGAAGAUAUAAUGGUGUUGCUGCAAUGUUAUACAGCAGUGUCUGUCAGAACUUUCUAGUUCCAGUCCUAUUUUGGAAGUCCAGCCUAUGGUCAGGGCCAUGGUCGGACUGGGCCGCCGGGACACCGGAAAAAAUCCUAGUGGGCCCCGGCGGCCCAGACCUGGCCCUUGGCAGCACUCCCCCCUGCCCGACUGUUCCUCCCCUGAUGCGUUUAUGCACGCUCUGGGAGGACGUUGGGUAGGAAACCCUGCGGGGGGUUAGGGGGGCGCCAGCGGGGGAGGGCAGGGGACGCGG